AUGCCAGUAUCAGUAAAGUACAAAAACAAUGGUAAGGAAAGAAGAUAUAAUAUUCUUCAAAAUGGAUGGACCGAUGUUAUUAAUGAUGCAUUUAUUAGUGCACAUGGACUACCAUAUUGUGGUUCGAACUUAUAUGGAUGGAGUUAUAAAGCACCACAAUUAGAACAACCACUAAUUAUUCAAAUACAAGCUAAAGAUACAAGAGGUAGGGAAAUGGAACAUUAUACUAAGCGAACGUUGAAAGACUUAAAGCGAUCCCUCGUAGGAGCAGAACUUUUAACGGAUAUACCAUCGAAUUGGAAGAGAAAAAGUGUGUCUAACUUAAAAUUUGGCUGUGACUCACCACCAAAUGUUUACAGCAAUAAUGUUCUCAGUAAGGCUAAACAACAGCAUAGUGAUAACAUAUUGGGGAUAACAGAAAAAUGCCCUAUAAAAUCAGUCAUUGAAUUAAAACAUAAUUCAAUUCACUCAGGAUCAAUCCACUGUAUAGGUUGUGACCCCUUUCUCUUACACUAUUGGACAAAUCAUCAGUUAGUGAUUUACAAAGAUGUAUCUAAAUCAUAUUGUCGUAUAUGUAUCGAUGCUACUGGAAGUGUGGGUACAGGGGAAGACGACAGUGCGCGACAACUUAGACUGUUGCAAAGAACAAAAACUGUUGCUAUCAUAUCUCGUGAUACUACGGUUAACCGUAUCCAGGCCAUACACGAAUUGUCUAAACGAGUGACCUCUAAGCCAGAGUUACGUACUGAAUUUCUAACUGCUGUGGGGGAUUUAGACUCGCUGUGGGAGAAAUUUGUGGCUGAUAACCAGGCGGUUCUCUACGCUCUGUUGGAUCUGGGUUUAGCUGCGGAGUUUUCGUCAACCAAGGAAUCUCAAGUCCGUUCUCUGUACAUACAAGCAGUCGCUGUUGCGGAAACCCUCAGACCAACACAGACAUGUGAUGAUAACGUUAGUCAUAACGGGUCUAUACAUUCCAAUCGAUCUAAUGAUAACAAUUGUUCAGGCAGACCACGGUUGCCAGAAAUACCAUUGCCCACGUUUAGCGGCGACCUUUCAGAUUGGCCUGUUUUUCGAGAUCGGUUCAAUGCGCGCGUAAUCGAGCGCACUGACUUGUCUAACAUUGACCGAUUCUACUAUUUGCUAGGUUGCCUUAAGGAUGAGGCUCUUCAUAGUAUUCGAAAUAUUGUUGUAUCCGACGCUACAUAUGACCUAGUGUGGACGACACUUGUAGAACGUUUUGAUAAACCUCGACAGCUAGCCUCCUUGAUCGUAGAUAAACUAAUAUCUAUACCAGCUCAGUCCCAAGAAUCGUUAGACGGGUUAAAGGAUUUUUUAACGGUUUUCUCUGACCAGGUUUCGACACUUGAAUCGUUGAACAUCCCUGAUCUAGGCGAGUUUCUAUUGUUCUCGCUCUCCGCACGGUGUUUACCUCUGUCAACUCGUAAAGGGUUUGAGGCUAUCAAUAAUAACGAGUUCCCUACGGCAGCUGAUGUUGUGUCUUAUGUUAAAAAUCGUGUAUCUAUUUUGGAAGCUGUCAACUUCACCAGCAGUUCACGUCGUCCACUAGUACAACAGGAACGACCCAAACCCUCUCUACGUCGUCACGAUGAAAAACGGUCCAAGGUAACCCUGCACACUUCAAGGCUGUCGAAUGAUCCGGCCUUAAAAUGCUUGUUUUGUUCUAAAGACCAUUCGACAGUUCAAUGUCCAAAUUUUGAAGGUUUGUCAAUGGACGCCCGUUACCAGACCGCCCGUGACAAAAAGGUGUGUUUUCGUUGCUUAAAUUCAACACACUGGUCAAACCGUUGCAAGAUUAACAAGCCGUGUGACAAGUGCUCUGGUCGUCACCAUACUCUCCUGCACAGGGAUUAUCAAGAAACUGAGAAACAAACGCCGCCACAAGUAUCAAUGGUCAGCGCUCGGGGUACGUCUACAGUACUACUGGGAACUGCUUUGCUGCAUGUCCGAGAUCAUGCCGGUUGUAUGCAGCAGGUGCGCGCUCUCAUUGAUUCCGGAUCACAAAUAAGCGUCAUGUCAACGUCAUGUGUUGAACGGCUGGGCUUAAGGCGAGUAAAAUGGACCGCGCCUCUCACAGGUGUAUCCGGUGUUGCAGUUUCCAAUGUCGACGGUUUGGUCAAGUGCCUAAUUGCUCCUCGACAUGACGACCACCGUAUCCACGUCAGUGCUUGGAUCCUUCCGAAAAUCACCGGUAACAUGCCUAUCUGUCCUCUCACACCUCAAGUCAAACAGCACUUUAGUCACUUAGCGCUUGCAGACCCAGGAUUCGACCGUUCCGACCCCAUAGAUUUACUUUUGGGUGCUGAUGUGUACUCCCAGGUUAUGGACGGUAAACGAAUUGUCAUCAAUGAUUCGUUGCCUGCUGCUUUCGGGUCCUUGUUUGGCUGGAUCAUUAUCGGCCCUGUUCAGGGCUCUGUGUCCCAAUCGUUCCAAUCUAAUGUUGUGUCACUUACCAUCUCUUUAGAGACCAUCAUCCAACGGUUUUGGCAAGUGGAAGAGCCGGACGAAGUUCCAGACACAUUCACCAAGGACGGUCAAUGUGAAAGUAUUUACAUUUCGGAACGGACACGUGAUUCUACGGGACGAUUUGUAGUUCCACUACCAUUUCUAAAUGAACACCGGUCCGAGACGUUUCCCGGUUCCAGACAAAUAGCUGUGCGCCGCUUUCAGAAUCUGGAAAAGAAGCUCUAA